CUGUGUGCAGUAUCUCACCCACAGAGAGGAACUGUGGUUCAUACCACUGUUUCUCCUCCUCAACAAGAAGGGAUACGCCUUUUCUGUGUUGUUUCCUACUGCAUCCCCUCUCAUAUAAUCCAUCUGUGGCCCAUCUACAGCUGAACCUAAACCCCACACAGCAGCCACAACAUGAGCAUAAGGAGACUGAGUUUAAAGUGGUUUGGCAGCCUCACCAACCUCUCUUUUCGUCGCUCCACUGAGAAAUCAGACUCCAAGUCCUCUCAGUCGAAGUCUGGAGCAGGAGAGGGAGGUGCGUCUGGAGAUGGCACUGACUACGAUACUGUCGACUCGGCCAUCCUGUCUCCAGUUGCUGAGACGGCGGUGGACGACAUGGGUGCCAUGCGUCCCCGCACCUCCAGCUACAUCCGCUCCAGUGAGAAUUACACUCACAUGGGUACGCUGCCACGGUUACUGAUGAAGAGGAGAGACAAGAGUAGCAAAGGAAGCACCAGCAGCGCUAAAAAGAGUAAAGACAAGAGUGGCAUCAGCAGAAGUCAAAGCCAGCGACCUGCAGGGUCCCAAGACCGGGGACCUCCAAAGUUGACAUCUCCCUCAUCCAAAGUUGCUGGGGAUGAAGCUGGAGUUAAAGCAGACCCUGUGCUCAGCCAAGAUUCUUUCCCUGAUCCCAAGAGCCAGCCUGAGCCUACAUGUGCAACUGAUGUCACAAACACCCAAAACACCAUCUCUGGAUCCAUAGCUGCCUGUGAGGAUGUCUCGCCAUCUGGUGGCUCAGAUGUUGUACUUCAACCAGAGACUAGUGACGAGCGAGGUGUCCCCCAAGCAGGAGCAGACUUGAACCCUGAAGAGAGUUCGGCGCUUCCACACAGCCAGGACAAUGAUCAGACUCAUGAGGAUAAUGGGUUAGCGUCCAAACCUGUACCUGAAUCAAAGGGGGAGGCAGAGAGCAGAGAUCUGACAGAAGGAGCAGACAGAGGACAGCAAAACUCUGACAGCUGUAACAGCCCCAUGGAGCCAGCAGAGAGCCAGGCAGAAUAUGUCCAGUUCUCCAAGGAGAAGUACCUGCUGGAGUCUCCUCCUGAGAAACUUCGUAAGGAGCUGGAGGAGGAGCUGAAACUGAGUGCUGCUGACAUCAGGAGCCAUGGCUGGUACCAUGGACACAUACCCAGAGAGGUGUCAGAGACUCUGGUUUUACGUAACGGAGAUUUCCUGGUGCGUGACUCUCUGACCAGCGUGGGUGAUUAUGUGCUGACCUGUCGAUGGGAUAAUGAGGUGCUGCACUUCAAGAUCAGCAAAGUCCUGGUCAAAUCCAAUGAGACCAAGGUGCAGUACAUGUUGGAGUCUGACAGUUUUGACUCGGUCCAGGAACUUGUGCGGUUCUACGUGGGCCAGCGCAAACCGGUGUCCCAGUCCAGCGGUGUGCACAUUUACUGUCCAGUCAGCCGGACUCUCCCUCUGCGCUACCUGGAGGCCACCUUUGCUCUGGCCAACAGCAAACAAGGCUCCGCCUACUCGCCAUCCAGUCAGAGGGGAGCAUACAUCAAAAGGAGGAGCGUCACCAUGACUGAUGGACUGACGACUGAGAAGAUGAUACCUCACAGUGACUCAGACAGUCCCAGUCCAGUUAAGACGCCAGUGGCAACACCAGAACCAGAGCCGGAACCUGUGCCCAUUUGCAGCCCGUCAACGAUCCACCACCAUAAAGAUGCAAUGCGGAACUGUGCGAUGAGCAUGGACCAGAUUCAGGAGUAUCGCUGCCCCUUGUCACCAGUUGGGGAAACCCCACUUGCUCCAACAUACAAUGCUAUCACCAGGCAGAGAGCCCACUCAGGUGGGCGGGUCCUGGCUGUCAUCCCGCCUUCCCCUGUGAUGCGUCGUUCUAGUGACCCUCAGCUCAGCCCCUCGGCAAAUGACAACCCUCCGGAGCAUCCCGCACAUACAUCUCACUCGGCACAUGCCUCACCCGCUCAUCAUCCCAGCUACCAAUCACAUUCAUCAGAAACAGCAGGGAGCUACUGUGACCUCAGACCUUGCCCUUCUGGGCCCCCUAAACCCCCGGCUAAGAGCUAUGUGGAGCGAUUGCGAGUGGAAGAAGGGAGGCAGAAUGGAGCGAGAGAGGACGGAGAGGGGAUGUUCAGCACCCCGCAGGUGGAGACUACAUCUUCGUUCAGGCCAUCCAGGUACGAGUCUUGCCUCUUGCCAGCUGAGAAUAAGCCUCUGGAGAUGUCUGUGCUGAAGAGAGUCAAAGAACUGCUGGCUGAGGUGGACGCAAGGACUGCAGCUAAACACAUCACCAUGGUGGACUGCAGGGUGGCUAGAAUAUUAGGUGUAACCUCGGAGAUGCAAAGGAUGAUGGGAGUGUCCUCAGGUUUGGAGUUACUGACACUACCACAUGGACACCAGCUAAGACUUGACCUGCUGGAGAGGUUCUACACCAUGUCGAUCAUGAUGGCAGUGGACCUCCUAGGCUGUACAGGAAGCACAGAGGAGAGGGCGGCCCUACUCCACAAGACCAUCCAGUUGGCAGCAGAGUUGAAAAGCAACCUGGGCAACAUGUUUGGCUUUGCGGCUGUGAUGAGAGCUCUGGAGUUGCCACAGAUUUCCCGUCUGGAACAGACAUGGGUGACAUUACGCCAGAGACACACAGAGGGCGCUAUUCUAUAUGAGAAGAAACUCAAACCUUUCUUGAAGAAUAUGAACGAUGGCAAAGAGAAUAGUGCCCUGUCCAACACCUCUGUCCCUCACGUCAUUCCCGUCCUGUCCUUACUGGAGCGGGGCAUGGCUCUUGGGGAGACUCUGGAGCCCUGGGAGAGUGCAGAGGUGGGAGUGGAUGUGGUCAUGUACCACCUAGAGGCAGCACGUACCAUCGCACAUCACGGGGGGAUCUAUAGAACCAACGCUGAGACCAAGCUGCAGGGACUCCAGGAGCGAGCAGAGAUACUCGAGAUCUUCCAGACAGAGUUUCAGAUGCGCCUCUUGUGGGGCAGCCGUGGUUCUGAGGGCAGCCAGUCGGAGCGUUAUGAGAAGUUCGACAAGGUCCUCACAGCCCUGUCGCAUAAGCUAGAGCCUCCUGUGCGCCACAGCGAGCUAUAGCACCUGCCCCGACACCCGCCAUCGCCAAAACACCCCCAUCUGCACUCACCACUCAUUGUGGUAUGGUCUUGUUUUGCAUCGCAGAGGAUGAUGUGAAAGAGUUCAGCGUGAACACUGAUGAAGAGGCAGCUAACAGAGCAUGUGAAGUGAGCAACAAGAAUACAGAGAAGAGGGUCUCACUUAAAACGUGUGUGGACUUCUACUUCGCCAAAAUAUUUAAAUGGAAUCGGAGAAGAUACGAGGUAAGUGUCAAGAAGAUGGGAGAGAUGGAUGACCAGCUCCUCUGUCCAGCGACAACAUGUGUAUGGUGUGUCCCGAGGGCCAAACAGAGCUGCACAGUUUGGUUUUGCUCCAAUUAAAUACAGGCACUCUCUUGUUUCCAAAAACUGCUGUCACACACUGUAGCAGAAAUGAUAACAGCAACUUGCAUAGCUCAUAUAUAGAUGUUGUGUCUGUGUGAGUGAGUGAGUGUGGGUGUGUGUGUGUCUGUCUGUCUGUCUGUAUGUAUGUUUGCAUUCCUUCAUUUUUGUAUGUCAUUAAUUUUUCUUUUUUUGUCAUUGAUUUGUUAUGAUCAAAGGAUAUCUAAACAUCACGGACUUUGCUUCACCAAAUUCAUGAGAAUCCAUCAGUGCUCAUUCUGAGGGAACCAUGUUCAUAAAACCUCAUUAAUUAUCUAUCAAGCAAUCCCAUUGAAUCCCAUUAAAAAUUUAUCAGGCAUGCAUUAAUAAUCGUAUCAGAAGUGAAACAUUUGCAGAAGUAAUGCAGCAACUUUUAGUAUGAGGGCACUGUGAGUUGUUAAAAACAUUAAAGCAACCUCCCUCUUUUGUAACUGACCAAUGCAUUUGUUAUUUUGUGCCUUGUGCACAAAAUUUUGGCUAAAAACAGCACUAUGAGACAGGAAAACUGGGAUGUACGCUCUUUAAAUUGAGUUAAAGCAAUGUUUCACUUAGUAUGUCAACAUUUACGAGCAUGGUUUGGUAUGACUAGCUUCUGUGUGUACAUUUGCAGAAAUAAUUCAAAUGGUUGAUGCAUGCAGCUAUAAAUGUUAUACCAAGUAAAAUGUUGCUUUAAACGACUAAUUUAAAUGUGUAUUUUAACUGUCAACCUUGAGAAAUAUACAGCUGAUACAGUGAAGAUCUUUGAUGUCUGUGGAUAAUCUUGAACAGACAAAGAAUUUAUUUUUAUUUUAUUUUAUUUUAUUUAUUUAAUUUUUUUUUUUUCAAUUUAAAAACCAAUGAAUGAUUAAGAAAUGUGAAUUGGCUGAAUCAAAUAUGGACAUGUUGACCACAGCCCAUGCAGCCAGAGAGAAUGUCUUUUGGUAGUGUGUUUUGAAUUUCAACAAUAGAGCUAAAAUGAUGCUAAAAUAUUUACUGCUGUGAGAUUACAUUUUGGUUGACUCUUCAGUGUUAAAUCAUUGCUGUUUUUACAGCAUGUGGGCCUGGGAGGACUGCAGCCAACUCUCAGAGCUAUGCAAUCAUUUCAAAAAGGGCUGAGAGCCUUUAGGAACAGAUGCCCAUUCAGAGUGUUUUAGAAAAUCAGUUUUCCACUUUUUGCCACUUACAUCACCUUCUCCUGUUCCUAACUCUACCCAAAAUGAUAAUCUAUAUAUGAAAAAAAUCAUGUCAGAUAUCAGUAAUAAUAAUCUUAAAUAUAUCAAUAAUAUUCUAUCUCUGAGUUGCAUAUCAGAGAUCCUUAUUUGGCAUCAGCUGUACAGGUCAGAAUAUGGGGUGAAGAGCCAUGUGCCAGUUUCUAGUGUGGUCCAACAGGGGGCAGUCUUUCGUCAGCAAAAAAAAAAACAAUAAAUCAUUAAUUGUACUAUAUCAGGAAGACGCACUCACACGCACACACACAAA